GGUCCCGGAACUGGGAACUUGACCAAGAAGCUUCUAGAAGCUGGCAAACAAGUUAUCGCCGUCGAGCUCGAUCCCCGUAUGGUUCUCGAGCUUCAGCGCCGUUUUCAAGGAACCCCCUUUUCUAACCGCUUGGAGGUGAUUCAAGGUGAUGUGUUGAAGACGGAGCUACCUCGGUUUGACAUAUGUGUGGCAAACAUACCCUAUCAGAUAUCAUCACCUCUCACUUUCAAGCUUCUCUUCCAUCCAACAAGCUUUAGAUGCGCUGUGAUCAUGUACCAGAGGGAAUUCGCCAUGAGACUCGUUGCUCAGCCUGGUGACAAUCUCUACUGCCGUCUUUCUGUCAACACUCAGCUCUACGCCAGAGUCUCCCACCUCCUCAAAGUCGGCAAGAACAAUUUCCGACCUCCCCCUAAGGUUGAUUCUUCCGUUGUCCGUAUCGAACCAAGGAGGCCUGCCCCUCAAGUUAACAAGAAGGAGUGGGAUGGCUUCUUGCGAGUCUGUUUCAUCAGAAAGAACAAAACUUUGGGUUCGAUUUUCAAGCAAAAGCCUGUUCUUUUGAUGCUCGAGAAGAAUUUCAAGACUCUUCAGGCCUUGCUUGCUUCCUUGCAGAACAAUGACAAUGGCGAAGCUGCUUCCAUUGAUCUUGGUGGUGACCACCAGGGCAUGUCAAUCGAAGAUGACUACAAUGAAGUGGAUGACGACGAUAUGGACAUGGAUGAUGGAGGAGAAGUAGAUGGAGACGGAGGUGAAAAAUCUGAGUUCAAGGAGAAAGUUAUAAAUGUGUUGAAGGAAGGUGCUUUCGAGGAGAAGAGAGCUUCCAAGCUUUCACAACAAGAGUUUUUGUAUCUUCUUUCCUUGUUCAACAAGUAUGGUAUUCACUUCACAUAGUUUUUAUGCUCCUUUACUAUUUUAUUUUUCUCAUCAAAGGUAUCCCUUGUUUUUGAUUGAAUCUUUAACAUUUUUCGAUGUGAUAAUCAAUUUUUUUCUUUUAAGUC